UCCUUCAUUUUAAAUUAUCCUUCAUGUGUAUUUUUUAAAGAAAAACGAACAAAUUUGUUUGAAAGGUACAUGAAAUUUUUUAUGUAUAGUUGUUGUCAUAGGUUACAGAUAAACACGAAAAAUAUUUUCAAAAACAACUUUCAUCUCAAUAAAAUGAGACAAAUGCUUAUAAACAAGACGUUGAACAUAACAUGUGCUAGUCAUUCCUACGCCUGGAUGAAAAGAGAUAAUUUAGUAUCAUGACUGUAAAAUCCAAGACAAAUCUAAGAUUCACGGUGAAUAGUAAAUAUGUUUACCUUUUAAAUUACGCAAGAUAAAUUUGGUAAAAUCGCUGUUGUUAAUCUCAUCAUAUUUCAAGCAAAUUAUAUUUUAAAUACAUAUUAAUUCUACUAUAAUCCUUUUUAGAUUUUAGUCAUUUUUCUGAAACGCAUCAUCUCAUACGUUUGAAAAUGUUAUAGAUUUUAGCAAGAGUUGAAAUUUUAUGCUCUACUGAUUCUGAUAAUCACAUGAUGUAGACAAGCGAUCUGUUUUUGUCUUUCCAUUUUAGACAAACAUGUUCGAACUCCUAUGUAGAACAACCGGUGCUCCGACUGCGUUGUCCUUAUUUACAGGGACUAUUUCAAUCCUCUUCAUGAUCACAAAUAUCCCUGGCAACCUUCUAGUGAUCCUAGCAGUCAUCAUCGAUCCCAAUAAGAACCUGAGAAACCCAUUCAACCUCCUCAUAAUGAAUCUAGCGAUCGCUGAUCUAAUUGUAGGUGUCGUCACCAAUCCCCUCUCCAUUCACGUCCACUUCAAGGAACAAAACGAAGAAAUAUCCGAUGGUGAAAUCAAAGCGAUACAUAUGUCCUAUUUUAUAUCAUGCACUGCCAGUGUGUUGAGUAUAGUGUUGUUAGCCUGUGAUCGUUACAUUGCUUUAGGAUAUCCGAUACGUUAUCACGUGAUCAUGAAACGUCAAACACUUUUUAUAUCUGUCAUUUUCAUUUGGUUUCUUUCUAUAUCUUUACCAUUCAUCUACUUUGAAGUAGGUUAUAUUCGAUACGCAUUCAUUUUUGCCAAUACCUCCGUCGUUAUUGCCAUCAUAGUUACAUUAUUCACAUACACUCGUCUCUUAAUGAAAUUCUCUGCUCGAGCAACAUCUUCUUACACCGAGGAUGGAUCUUUUGAUGAACAAAAACACAUCACGGAAAUGUUCAUUGUCGUUAUGAUUGCAGUCAUUUGUUGUUAUCUUCCAUCAACAAUCCUUAUAUACGCCAUGAAUUUUUGUAAAAGCUGCAGUUGCAAUACCAUCCACGCGUUUCGCGAUCUUCAGUUCGUGUUCGUCAUCGCCAACUCAAGCGUGAAUUUCUUCUGCUACGGGUUUCGCUCCAAAAAGUUUCGUUCCGCGUUUAAAGUGAUUCUCAGAUUAAAGAAAUCUUCUGCAGAUGUUGAUAACACGAAUUUUUCGAUGAAUGCGACGCAAGGAGUUACUGAAGUCACAUGAAAAGGCUUGCAAACAACGUGUUCAUAUUAUUAUUAACAAUUGUAAGAGUAUAACAUUUGACUGGGCGUAUAUGUCACAACAGGAAAAUACAAGUUAACACAAGUUUACAUUUCUAAUAUGUGUAUGUUUUAGAUAGUAUUCAUUAGGAUGAUUAAAAAUCAUCAAUCAUCUA